CCGACAUUGAACAGAGCUUCCAUGAGGCCCUGUCCAUCUACCCGCCCUGCGGACGCAGGAAGAUUAUCCUCUCCGACGAGGGAAAGAUGUAUGGACGAAACGAGCUGAUAGCACGGUACAUCAAGCUACGCACAGGGAAGACGCGGACAAGAAAGCAGGUGUCCAGUCACAUCCAGGUGCUAGCACGACGGAAGGCCCGGGAGAUCCAGGUGAAGCUGAAGGUACGCUACGACCAGGCUGCCAAAGACAAGGCCCUCCAGAGUAUGGCCACCAUCUCCGCUACCGCCUUCCAGAACAAGAUGGCUCUGCAGGGGCUGUCCAGGCCGCCGUACCCCACUGCUGGUGGAUUUUGGCAUGGCGGUCUUCCAGGACAGCCUGGGGGUCCUGAAGACAUUAAGCCCUUUUCCCAGCAGAGUUACGCCAUGCAGUCGUCCGGCCCACUCCCCAUAACAGGCUAUGAGAGCAUGGCAGGCCUUUCAAUGUCGCCGGGCGCCCCCCCGUGGCAGGGGCGGAGUAUCGCCAGCUCUAAGCUCCGCAUGCUGGAGUUCUCCGCCUUCCUGGAGCAGCCUCAGGACCAAGAGACCUUUAACAAGCACCUGUUUGUGCACAUCGGUCAGUCCAACCCCACCUUCAGUGACCCUUACCUGGAGGCAGUGGACAUCCGGCAGAUCUACGACAAGUUCCCUGAGAAGAAGGGAGGGCUGAAGGAGCUGUUUGAGAAGGGGCCGCCAGACACUUUCUUUCUCGUCAAGUUCUGGGCUGAUCUGAGUGCCAACCUGCAGGACGACAGCAGUUUCUUCUACGGCGUGUCCAGUCAGUACGAGAGCUCUGAGAACAUGAUCAUCACCUCCUCCACCAAGGUCUGCUCCUUCGGAAAGCAGGUGGUGGAGAAAGUAGAGACGGAGUAUGCGCGGUUUGAGAAUGGGCGGUAUGUGUUCAGGACCCACCGGUCCCCACUAUGUGAAUACAUGAUCAACUUCAUCCACAAGCUCAAACACCUGCCGGAAAAGUACAUGAUGAACAGUGUACUGGAGAACUUCACCAUCCUACAGGUGGUCACCAACAGGGACACACUGGAGACCCUGCUGUGUAUAGCCUAUGUCUUUGAGGUGUCUACUAGUGAGCAUGGAGCCCAGCACCAUAUUUACCGGCUGGUCAAAGACUGAGACAGCCCUGUGGACAGAAAACCACUAUAGGCCAACAAUAACAACAACAACACCCCAACCAUGGACAAUCUCCUCUGUAAGCUGCAAGCACCAUACGAUUGUCUGUCAGGACCCAAAGAAGCACUGGGCGGGUUGCUUGCCCACUGAAACUACUGUGGAAGAGUUGGAUUGGGAGCUGGAGUGAACUGUACAACUGUGUGAUGUGAAGGAGAGGAGCAGAGGGUGGGAACCUUCAUUGUGGUUUAUCUGUAUGUACUAGAGGAGCCAAACGUCAAGACAAUGCAUGAGAAAUGGUUGUUUUUUUACCUCAUAUUACUAGUGAUUGCUUGUUUGAUUUAGUUUCAUUUUACACAGCUGCAUGAGCGGGAUUAGUUUUCUUUGUCUGUGGGCGCCACCUAGUGACUUCUAAUGUAUAUUACACACAGGGCAAGAGGACGAAAGGAGAACUGGAAAGCAAGACUGCACAUCCAUAGCAUUGUUUUGGUGCUAAUAUUUGUGUUAUUUGAGUAAAAGUACAGUACCACAGCCAUCUCCUCUGAAAAAGUAUCUCUAUUGAAGAAAAUAAGAGGCAAAAUUAUGAUUAAAAUAAAUAUUGUAUCCACCUGGUUUGAUGGUCAAAUUAAAUGUUUUGGACUAUUGUUGAAUGAAAUUGAGCAUAACUCACAUACAGUAGAUAACUCUGCUUGAACCUGAACCAGGUUUGAAUCUGCUAUCUAUAAUUGAAGCUGACUAGCUACAGUAUGAAUAAACUGUUGUAAUCUA